AUGGCCAACGGUAAGAGCUCCAAGUUCAUCACUUUGUCGAUGCCAAAGACUGGCUGGCGGGAGCCGUCACGCGCCAAAGAUGACCUUCUGAAGCUGCCCAAAGGACAUCUGCUGACGCCAACGGAAGAAGUGGGAGAGUUUGUACCUGCCGAAGCAGCAUUUGGCACAGGACCCGUUACGGCAGCCACGAUGGUUGGUGAGGUGACUGCGCCAGCAGUAGAUGAGACAUCGCGUGCAGAGCAUGUCGUAGCUGUUGACGAUGAGAGCUUUGGUGGAGUUCCUUCUCGAAUGGGCAGCGAAGCAGCGAUCAGUACCCUUGACGGUAUUUUUGAACAGGCUGAGGAGUACGAUAGCGACGCGGAAGAUGGCCCUGGAGCCGCAGAGCAGAUGAUUGAUGCCUUUAGUAUAGUCGCUGAGGAGGAUCUAAUGUUCGUGCCUGAUGCAGGUGAUGAGCUCGACGACGAUGAGCUACUCGCAGGUGAAGAGCGUGAUACCGAGGAUGACUAUCGACAGACUCCUUCAGCAUCAUGCCCACACACCAGCCCUUCGACAGGCCCUCGUCCCGUUCCAGCGAGCGUACACCGAGCAAAGGCACUUCGUGAGGGCACUGAGAGCAUUCAGCCCCACCCCAUAGACGCGACCAAGGUGAUCGUCACAUACCGAUAUACUGACCCGGCUGGAGGAGUCUAUGUCCAAGAGACGGAGAUGCCAGAGGUCGUGCGUGCGCCGGCGAACGCCUCCAGCAAUGCCGGCAGCAUCAUCGUGCCGGACGUCGAAGCCUCAAAGGUGCCGAGGACGAAGAAGGGAUCGCCUUGGACACCUGUCCCUGGUACAUCUCGAUACGAGUGGACCCGUGGCGAUGGUGACCAGCAGGAGACCUGGCGCGUGGUCAUCUUCUUCCGCCGCCUUCAUCGGGACACCCAUGCAUAUCAGGACAUCUACGUCAACACCAACAUGUUGAACAAUGUCGAUCCAAACGACAAGAGGUUUCGGACGUCAUACAACAAGUGGAUCCUGCAGUUUGCGCGUCGCCGCGACGCGACCUACACUCAGAAGGUCGCCAGGGUCCACUGGAGCGUCGCUGAGCGCCAUGCCCUGUACACGACUAUCAACACGUUCUGCGCCAAGUAUGGUAUCCACAGUUUUGGCUUUUCUGAUGAUUGCAUGUUGAGUACAAAGCAGCUGCAGCUCAUGGCGGAUGCUGUGAAUGCCGCGCCGAACCCAUUGAGGUCGGCGCCACGAGGUGUAGAUGCUGUCCGUGGACAGAUCAUCUCUGCUCACGACAAAGCCCAGCCGAAGAACAAAGCCAUCUUCGACUUGAUGGCUAGGGCUGUCGCACUUCGUGCUCGGAUUGCUGGUGGAGAAGUGAUCCCGAGGGCUGAGCGGAAGCCAAAGCUUGCCAUCCCUCUCUGCGAGUUCCCGGUGGACCCUCCUGUGGCGGCUUCUGAUUCCUUGACUCCCGGUGGCAGAAAGCGCAAGCGAGCUGCUGCCGUCGAGGCGAGCGAUGGGGAGCCGCCCAGCUCAGAGCUGUCAUCGCCGCCAGGCUCUGAGGUCGGUGGAAACGACGGUGUCAGUGAAGACACCUGGAUGACCACCGACGAGGAGAUCCAACCGGGUGAGAGCGAUGAGGGGAACUGGUCGGACACCAGUGAGGAGAUGUUGUCUGGCGAGGACGAGCAUGGCGAGUGGGUUGAGGUGGAGGAGAUUGCGUCUUCUUACCCACGAAGAAAGCCCGCACUAUUGAUAGUGAGGCUGGUAUGGAUGUAG